UUUUAAAAAAGUGCUAGUUGUCUCUUAGCAAAAAAUCGAACGAAAGUGACUGCAAAAAAGAGAAUAUUUAUAUAAUGUUGUAACGUUUUGUAGUACUAUGCUGCGACACGACAGACACUGUCACUGAGACAAUCGAUAACCAACCAGCUGGCGGAGUAACAGCAGGAGCACCAUGUCGACCUCGAACACCCCAAUUCUCCGGGGGAAAAACUCCCGCCUUCCCAAGCAGCUCCCCAGCCUCGAAUAUCAAAUGCAAAUAUGUCUCGGUCUGGUAGGUUGCAACUUGUGAUGCUGUCUCUGGAUUCGAAAAAAAUCUAUAUUGCAUGACCAGCAAGAAGAGACCAGUUUGUCCUACGCGGACAGGGCAUUUCUCAUGCAGAAUCAGCAUCAGGAUCAGCAUCAGGAAGCCCACCUCUACAACUCUGUCAUGCUAGGCCAUGCAUUUUUACAGGCAUCAGGGGUCGUGCAACAUAUCCAUGACAAACCUAGCAACUUUCCAGACCCAGACAUAUUUGCAUUUGAUAUCGAAUCCACCCCGACGGCGGCAGCACUGUUGGACAAUCUGCCCACUCCUGCGAGGGCGGGUACUACGGGGGGAGUUCGUCGGGCGAAUAACAACAACAAUGUUCUUGGGGCAGCAGGAGGAGCUGUGCCGGCUUUUUUUCCGCGGCACCAACUGCAAGGAGAGCCAUCCGCUGUGCAGAUGUUGAACGCUGCAGCGCCAACUACAACGGAGAUUAACAACGCGAGUGGAGGUGCUGUUGUACUUGGUGCAGGAGCUGCAGAUACUCUAUUACAAGAGAACUCCGCCGGCUUCUCCGGCGACGCAGCUUUUUCGCAGACGCAGACAAGCACAGCAUCUUCAACUGCUGGGCAAGGAAGUAGUGGAAACACAGUUGUUGACGAAGGAGAUCAGGAAGAAGGUCGCAACAGCCGCAAUCCAGAAAAUCUGCUCGACAUCCACUCAACAAAUAUUAACCAGACUGCCAGCAGCAAUCCGCUCAACUCAUCCAAACACCUCCGGCCGCAGUCCUGUUUUUCUCCCGGCGGGGGUAUGAAAUGCAAACGCAUCGUACUAGUAUAAAUUGCAUUUACAAAUUGACUUAGCACUACAAAUGAAAUUUGUAAUGCUGAUUUACCUUGAGAAAGAGAUUUGUAAUGCAUAAAUGCAAUUGCCACGAGUACGAGACUUUUGCACAGGAUAGGGGGCGUGGUAGGGGAAUUCGGACUAGAAAUCGGCGACACGACAACGAUAUGCAAUGCAAAAGCAUCGUACUAAUCUAAAUUGCAUUACAAAUUGACUAAGCAUUACAAAUUGAAUUUGUAAUGCGGAUUUGCCUUAACAAAAAGAUGCAGAACCGCAAUUAGUACGAUUACGAUACUUCUGCACUGCAUAAACGACAGCAGGAGCAGCUUUCGGCGCCGGAGGUGGCGGAGGUUUCAUGUUCGGCUUACACGGAGCAGGAGGUGCAGGACAUCAGUUUCUACACCACAACUCGCAGGACGACGCUCCUGAUGAAGUCUUGGCGCAACAGCGGAAGGAAAAGCUACUCCGCACGGGCACUCUGCUAUCGCAAGAAAAUAAAACUGUUUCACUGUAAACUUGUAAUGCAGAAAAUGCUUCGCAAAAGUGUUUGUCUUUGUGUUGCAGCUACACAUGCAAGACAAGAAGUGACUUUUGGCCGUGUUUUCCCGUAGCAUCCUCACAUGGCAAGUUUUCUUUGUCAGGUGUAAGUAACGAUCUUGUGAUGCAAAAUUUGCAAAAUUCUUACAGUGAAGCACUUUUUUCGUACGAUAUCUGCCGGAAGAGGAUGAGGAAGCGCUGCCGAUCGGGGUGAAAAAAGCGAUGAAAAAGAACGCGACGGCGAGGGGUUCGCCGAAGAAGAAGAAACCGAGCAGCUGCGGCGUGGAUGGCAAAAUAAACGACCACAGUCGUCGUGUCAGUGAAGAUUAUAACACGACGAUCAACUCCUACUCCAUGAUCUCGUCGUCCCCCUCCAACAAAGGUCGUGGACCUGCGCUGUCAACGACCGAAGCUGGAAGUACAAGAAUUAGAGUAUCGGCGAGGAACAGGUCCUCGGCUGCACUUCUAGCGGCACGACUGUGCAAAAUUAUCGUACUCGUAUAA